CAAGAUGACUUGCUGUCUCGUAUCAGGAUUAAGGAACACAUACUGCAAGCGAUCGUUUGCAAAGAUACUGAUAACUCAGCAUUUUAUGUCCAGGACCAUUAAAAGUGAGAUCCCAGUAAACAUAGAGAAUGACCCAUUACUUAAAGGGCUGGACAAUAUACAAGGUAGGCUGAUGCAGGAGAAAUGCAUUCUGGUGGACAAGGAUGAUAAAAUUACAGGAUGUGCUUCAAAAAAGGACUGCCAUCUUUUAAAAAAUAUUAACACAGGGAUGCUCCACAGAGCAUUCAGUGUCUUUCUCUUUAAUACUGAUGGCCAGCUCCUGCUACAACAGAGAUCUGAAAAGAAAAUUACUUACCCAAAUCAUUUAACUAACACAUGCUGCAGCCAUCCGUUAUACACAGCAGAAGAGUUAGAGGAGAAGAAUGCUCGAGGAGUUAAGAAAUCAGCUCAGAGACGCCUCCACCAAGAACUGGGGAUACAACAGCAUCAGAUUGACCUGUCAGAAUUUCACUUUCUCACAAGGAUCCAUUAUAAGUCAGGAAAUAUACCAGUUGAUGGUGUGUGGGGAGAACACGAGAUUGAUUAUGUUCUGAUAGUGCAGAAGGAUGUUGAAUUGCUCCCGAAUCCUGAUGAAGUGAAAAUGUGUAAAUAUGUUACCAAGGAAGAGCUUCAGAAACUUGUCGAGGAAGCUGAUUCAUCAGGAACUCUUUUGACACCUUGGUUUAAACUAAUCGUGGACAAGUUCUUGUACAAAUGGUGGAAUGACCUUGAUAAUGUAUCUUCGCAUGCCAAUGACACUCACAUACAUCGAAUGAUUGACUGAUUGGUGAAGUUUGACGGACAGGAAAUAUGGAGUAUACAGGUACAAUGUAUAGCAAUAUAGUACUUCUGUGUUUAAACCUGUUUAAGCCAACUUGUAUUUCAUGAAAAAAUAUUCUUUUUUAAAAGAUUUGUGUUGUUCCAGUAAAACAUCUACUGAUCCCAAAAUCCUUAAAUAAAUUAUUGUUCCUGUUUUUUGUUCCCUGUCUUCAGUUCUGAGCAAAAAGUCAAUUAAAUUCUAUGGGUGGUACCCCUUAACAAAAUUUGAAAUGCCAUGGUGGGAUAGAUGUCUUUUCUGGAAUAGCUCUUAUUUGAAAAGUGAUUUAAGUUGAAAUUUUUAGUGGUUGCCUCCCCUUUCCAAAAACAUUUGAAUCACUCUACCCAUAAAAUGGGACAAUCUGACAUAUAAAUAUUGUAGCAUUUUCAUAUUAAUUAUUGUUUUUAUUUCUUUUUAUUAUUCAUAUAAGUUUAAAUUCCAUAUUGUGAAAGUAAGUAAAAUGCCAUUUAUUGUUAUUUUGACUCCUUAAAUUUAUCAACACUGGAUAAUUACCUUGUGUCAAAUGUCAGUAAUUAUAAUUUUUUUUCUUUUGGUUAGAAAAUGAAAGAAAAAAAUUUAUACCUGUACACUGAGAAUAAUCACACAGUUUCUUGUAAAACUUAAAGUACCAAAAUGGUUUUGCUGGAUCAAGUUUUGCUAAAUACAUGUAUGUACAUUCUGUGCAUGUACUAACAGGACAUCAAAAUUUUCUAUACCUUUUUGUUUAUAUAUCAUUUGGUGCUAAUAUGAAAAUACAGUUAUAUUUAGAUAAGGAAUUAUUUUCAUGAAUUACAUCUUUUGUAUUUGAUUUUAAUCAACUGUAAAUGAGUACAAUGGCUUGCAACAGACAAAGUAAAAUAAUUAUUGAAUUUAUUUUUCCAUUGUUUUCCCAACCUUCAAAGACAUGAUUUAUGAAACAUACAAUGAUUUAAUUUUGUGAUAUGUAAUUACAUUUCGCCCCAGCUUUUGUAUAUUAUCUUGCUGAAUAUACACUGUACAGCUACAUAACACAAAAUGAUUAAGGAUGUUGGAAACCUUCGGGUAUCCAGCCAAGGAGUGAAGAUAACCCAGAACUUUAAAUUAAUUAUUGACUCUACCCUUUGUAUCUUACUAAGUAGAUAAUAUAACUAUUUCGUAGACUGUGUUGAUCAUAAUGACCUUAAUUAUGUAUUGUUUGUGUAGAAAUGCACCUUAUUGUAAAUGAAUAAUAAUUUAUACACAAAUGAUACAAAUCGAUGUUUUAAGUAUGAAAUUUGUCUGAAAAAAUUGUCUAUUAUAUGUACAUAGUAAUUUAUAUAAAUCUAACAAUGUAUUAGUAACAAAAACACAAGACUAUCCAUAAGGCUUGUUCUAUCCUCUUCACCUCCUUCAGAUUGGAAUGUUUAUUUUUCACCCUGGUUAUGUGAUAUGUUCAAUGUCAAUGAGCUGACAGAGUAUACAUUACACAUACAAACCAUUUAAUCUCAGUUGGUAAAGCCAUCAUCAGUUCAAUGACUGAUGGGGUUUUUUUUAGCAUUUUUGGCAGAAUCCUGCUUUUCCCUGUUCUGCAUGCUUUCAAAAAGAAUUGCCUAUUGGCAUAUUUUCAUUGGAAAAAGUACAAGAUAUUGUUUUGUUCUUACCUGUUGAGGUGCAGAACUGAAUCACUGUGCAUGUUGAAAUCUCCAGCUUUUUUUUGUCAUUCAACAACAUUUUGUGUAGUAUGAUAUCAACAAAGCCUACAUAUGUAACAAUGAUGAUUAUUCAAUCAGCUGUUUCUUUCCGCUCAGUUCAGAAUUUGCCAUGUUAUUAUUGAGUUAUCUCUUUCAUCAUGAGAAUUGUUGAAGUUGAAAUGUUUGAUUUUUAGGUCAUCUGACCCGAAGGGUCAAGAUGAUCUAUAGUCAGCCAUGGGACAUGUGUCAUGCGUUAACUUUUUCUUUGAUAUCCUAUUCUCUCUCAUACCUUAGUAGUUUUCAACCAAAUUCAAUUUGAUGAAUAAUUGGGUGAGAGAAAAUGUUUGUUAAAUUCAGAAUUUUGAUUCGAUACGUAAGGGUCAAGGGACAGUGCCCCUAAGAGGGAGGUGCUGUAGUUAGCUUUAAAACCCUACCACUCUUUCUGCCAAAGUAGAUUUCAACAAGCUUGGGCCUGAAUCAUUAGUUAGGGUAGACAAGUAAUUCUUAAAUUAAUUUGAUUCAUCCCUGAGGGACCUAUCCAUGGGGCCCCAAAUGGGAAAAUUCAUCAAUAUCAAAAUGCUUCUUUUUCUUAAUGCUUGAAUGAAUUUCAACCAGAUUUAGUCUGAAGCAUCAUGGAGAGUGUAGAAUGAUUUCUUAAAUUCGGAAAGUUGAAUUGACACCGAGGGACUUUGGGGCUGGAUGCCAAAAGGGGAAGUAGUCAAUUAUUUUGCUUGAAAAUGCUACUCUGCCUUAAUGCUGGAAUGGACUUCGACCAGAUUUGGUCUAAAAGACAAUUGAGGAUGGGAAAUUAUAUUUUUAAUUCAGAAAGUUGAUGUGACUACUAGGGACUUAGGGGCGAGGCCCCAAAAGUGGAAACUAGAUAAUAUUUUGCUUCAAAACACUACAGCUUCUUAAUGCCAGAGUAGAUUUCAACGAAAUGUUUGACUGAAACAAUAUUGUGGAUGAUAUAUUAUUUUUUCUCAAAUUCAGAAAGUUGAUUUGACCCCUAGAGACUUGGGAGCGGGGCCCCAAAUGGAAAAAUUAGUAAAUAUUUUUGCAUAAAAGCACUUCUCUUCCUUGAAGCUUGAAUGGAUUUAAACGAAGUUUGGUACAAAACAUUAUUGAGACUGGAGAAUCUUUUCUAAAAAACAGAAAGUUGAUUCAAACCCUAGAGACUUAGGGGAAGGGGGGGGGAUGGCUCCAAAAGGGGACAAAAUUUUUUUUCUCCAAAAUGCUACUCCCUUGUAAUGCUUGGGUAGAUUUCAACCAAAUUUGGCCUGAAACAUUAUCAGGGAGUGCCAAUGACAUUAAGCAAGCAUGGAGUGAACCUGAGAUUUUCCGACCAAAUCUUUAUUUUUUGCUUUGGUCCAAAAUCCAACAUAGCUCAUCUAGAACAAAUAGUCUGAACUACUUCUCAAGUUUCAUUCACACCAACGAGAAAAUAUUCGCAGUUUGAUUUUGUGAUUUGUUGUUAUUUUUUGGUGGAACUACUUUUCAUGAACAGAACCUACCAUUUCUGAGUUUCUCAUACUGUCAAGGAAUGUUCAAAAUUUGAAUUCAUCAGAUUUGUCAGACCAGUAUCAGUAAAUUCUGUGGUUUGUCAAUCCAUUCAUCGCUUGUCAUAUGACCAUUAAGGGCCACAGCCCUCUUGUUCCUCUUUAAGACACAUGUUCCAUUUCCAGACUGUCAUUUAUCCCUAAAUCUCGCUGUGUACUGUCAAGAGUUAUCACUUUGUUUACAAGUUUUACUAUUGAAAUCCCCUUACCCCUAGAUAAAAUCACAUCAACUCAUAUAUAUAUAUGAAAUACUUGCAGAAGAUAUAAAGAUGAGCCAGUUUAUAUUGUUCUGAUAUGUAUUUAUUGAUACCUGAGAAUGUCUUCUGUUGGGACAAUGAUAUGUACCUAUAGAACAUUUAAAGGUCAAACACACGAUAAGUUGAUUAUAAAAUGUCAUGUUGAUUGAUUUUAUUGGUGUUUCUCAUAUUUCACAAAAUAAGCCCCAGUUGUCACUGAUGUAACUUCCUGAAGAUUUUUAUCAUUUUCUACAAACAUAUAAUCACUACAUUAGUCUGAUGUUUUGUUGGGGUUCUGCUAUUAAAAUCUUGAAGAGGUUGUAGUUGAUAAACUGAUAGUCUGGGUACCAGGAGUGUGGUGCUUGUUAACUACACAUAAACAUUUUAAUGUAGUUACAUUUAUCUUAUGUACAUGUUUAUCUUUUAUACCUUAUAACUCGGCCGUUUUGUGUCUAUAUAUACACACGACUCUAGUGACUUACAGUGUAAGGGCAGUCUAUCUGUAUUUUUCCAGUGUUUUUUUAUAAUGAAUAAUCAUUACUUUGUUCUAGUCACUGUUACCAGUAAAUACAUACCAUAUUUAUCAGUUGUAACCUCAGUUGGAAUGUUUGCCUUCGUAACCUCAGGUGAACAUCUUGCUUUAGCCUUACUGCUGUGGAUGGAAUGCGAUGGAACUUUCCUAUGUUGUUCAGUGAGGUAGAUACCAAUCACCACAAGGAAUUUCUCCCUUUAAAUGAUCCUGGUUGUUUAAAGGGUACCCAGUGCAAUCAACAAUACAAAUUUUACAUCACAAUAAUGCCACUACAGUACCCUAUCUGAUCCGUAGAUAUUUUUAAUUGUUCAAAUAUUUGUGGUUUUACUGAAGUGAAACAACAAGUGUGAAAUUUUCACUUAAGUUAUGAAGCAGGAUACAGGUCUAUUUUUAAUGAUGUUUUUAUGGUAUCUUUUUUCCAUUCUAUCUGAUCUUAAAACAUAACAAAACUAGAAAAUAACAACAUGUACAGGAAUUGUCCUGUA